AUGAGAACGACGUUCAGAGAGCUUGUGUUGGUGCUAUUAAGUGUGGCCGUGUUCCCGGUGAGGGCGGCGACGACGGGGACUGGGACUGGGACAGGGACGGCAACUGGAACAGCAGCAGGGACUGCAACUGCAACGGCUACAUCUGCUGACACAGAUGUAGCUGACGCAGAUACCUCCGACCCCAACCUCACGAUCGUCGGAACAUGGUCUUCCAAGUCGAACCAGGUGUUCACUGGCCCCGGGUUCUACGACCCCGUGGACGAGUUGCUGAUCGAGCCCUCGUUGCCCGGGGUGUCGUACUCGUUCACCGCUGACGGGUACUUCGAGGAGGCGACAUACCAGGUCUCAGGGAACCCACGGGACCCCUCGUGCCCCCAGGCCGCUCUGACGUGGCAGCACGGCCGUUACGAGGUGCUCAAGAACGGUACCCUCGUGUUGCACCCGCUGACCGUGGACGGAAGACAACUUGUCAGCGAUCCGUGCACGGACAAGGGCACCUCGACGUACACCCGCUACAACCAGACGGAGACCUUCAAGUCGUACCUGGUCUUCAUCGACCCGUACCACGGGAUCUACACUUUGCAACUGUACCAAUUCGAUGGGUCCCCCAUGCAACCACUGUACUUGGCGUACAGACCACCAAUGAUGCUCCCCACACAGACUCUGAACCCAACGUCGUCCGGUGCAAACGUCCAGGAGUCUCAGGCCCCAUCUCAAGCGAAACGGUCACUGCAACAGAACGUCAAAAGGUCCUUAGAGAACAAGUACCGCACGAACGCGGAACUCAGACCAACAGCAGGUAUCGCGUGGGACCUCGUAUGGUACAGUUCUGCAGCGGUCCUGGGUCUAGGGUCAGUGCUCUUCCUCGUGUAUUGA